UAAAUCACAAUUCCGAUGGGCGGAGUAAAACCUCUCGCUUUGCCUCUUCUUCUUCGCUGAUCGGACAACCAGCAAUUAUUCCAAGUUUAGUAGCAUUUGGAAUUGAUUUACUAUCAAAGGGCAGUUGUUAUCGAACAUUUUAAUUAAAGGGGGGAAAAAAGAGAGCAGCGUUGCCAUGGCGAAGAGGAUUGCCGACAAAGAGCUGACUGACCGGAACUGGGAUCAGGAGGAUGAGGGAGAGGAGGCAGGGAUAUUUUCCAUCGCGAGUGAUGAUGUGAUGAAGAGCAGGCCCAUCAAGAAGGCCAAGCGUCGGGCUGCUGGUUCAGAGGGGCAGAGUGGAGGAGCAUUCAAAGUGUUUAAAGGGUUCUCCCUGGCCCCUACAUCGGGAACCGGGCCAGCCGCUGAGGGGAUCACAGCCUUCUCCGGGUUCGGGAAUGGGGUAGGGUUUAAACCCCUGUCUGGACUGUCCAAUGGGAACAGUGUCAAACCUGUCACUCCAGCCCUCACCGGGUUCACCUCUCCUACUGCCACCAAGACCACCACACCAGGUUCGUUAACAUUCAGCGGCCCCUCCUCCAGUGCUGUCAUCACAGGGCAGCAGUCUAAUGGUUCCUCCCCCGCGGUUUCCAGUCGGUCUCUCAGCUCCUCUCUCUCCUCUAACAGCGGUAACAACCAGGAAUACAGUAGGCAGCUCACAGCUCUCAACUGCUCUGUCAGGGACUGGAUCACCAAGCACGUCAACGGAAACCCUCUCUGUGACCUAAACCCCAUCUUCAGGGACUAUGAAAAGCACCUGGCCAGCAUCGAUAAGAAGUACGGAGGGACUGGAGCUGCUGUGGUGGUGGACGGAGGCUCAGAGAGCAGUAGCAGAGCAGAGGAACCAGAGGAGAAGCGGGCAGUCAGUACACCACCCUCCUCCAGCACCGCCGGCCCGACCGCCGCGCCCCCGGUGUUCUCCUUCAGUAAGGACAAGGACGGCAGAGCCCCGGUGGACAGCCCAGCCGCUCCUGCUCCGAUCCCCGCUGGCAUCAGCUUUAGCUUGGGCCAGAAGGGGAACAGCUCAGUGUUGGGGACUCUGAGCACCGGAGGAGCUCCUAGUGUCUCCUCCUCCUCCCUGUUUGGAGGCGCUGCUCCUCCUGCCUUCUCCUUCAGUGGGGCCAAAGCGGAGGCUGCCCCCACCCAGACCACAGAUGAAAACGGGGAGGAGUCGGAUGAACCUCCCAAAGUGGAAGUCCAGGAGAUUAAGGAGACUGACGCGUUCUACUCCAAAAAGUGUAAACUGUUCUAUAAGAAAGAGACGGAGUUCAAGGAGAAGGGAGUUGGAACGCUGCAUCUGAAAACCACCUCAGACGGAAAGACACAGCUGCUAGUCCGCGCUGACACCAACCUGGGUAACAUCCUGUUGAACAUCAUGGUCCAGCCCUCCAUACUCUGUUCCAGGAUGGGAAAGAACAACGUGAUGGUGAUGUGUGUUCCUAACCCUGUCGUGGACCACAACAACCCUACCAACCCUGUCGCCAUGCUCAUCAGGGUCAAAACAGCAGAGGACGCUGAUGAACUACACAACAUACUGGAGGAGAAGAAAGCUUAGAGGACGAGCCCCCUGGAGGGGUACAGGCUGGCCCCACUCCUCCCUUCUGCCUAUCAACUAACCCCAGGGCCAGUCCUGUACCCCUAGCCACCCCAGGUCCAGUCCUGUACCCCUCCACCCCAGGGCCAGUCCUGUACCCCCCUCCACCCCAGGGCCAGUCCUGUACCCCUAGCCCCUCCACCCCAGGGCCAGUCCUGUACCCCCCUCCACCCCAGGGCCAGUCCUGUACCCCUAGCCCCUCCACCCCAGGGCCAGUCCUGUACCCCCCUCUACCCCAGGGCCAGUCCUGUACCCCUCUACCCCAGAGGGCCAGUCCUGUACCCCUAGCCCCUCCACCCCAGGGCCAGUCCUGUACCCCUCCACCCCAGGGCCAGUCCUGUACCCCCCUCUACCCCAGGGCCAGUCCUGUACCCCUAGCCCCUCCACCCCAGGGCCAGUCCUGUACCCCUAGCCCCUCCACCCCAGGGCCAGUCCUGUACCCCUAGCCCCUCCACCCCAGGGCCAGUCCUGUACCCCUAGCCCCUCCACCCCAGGGCCAGUCCUGUACCCCCCUCUACCCCAGGGCCAGUCCUGUACCCCUAGCCCCUCCACCCCAGGUCAUGUUUAUUUUAACCCUCUUUAUCCUUGCCUGUCUCACUGACAACUGUCCAAUCUGGAAUGGUCCCUAUUCCCUAUCUAGUGCACUACUUUAGACCAGGGCCCUAUUCCCUAUAUAGUGCACUACUUUAGACCAACCAUGUCAUCUGGAACUAGUGAACUACAAAGGGGAUAGGAGGACAUUUUGUCAUGUGAUGCCAGAGGGGUCGUCUACAACAAGUUUUAUAUUCACACACCUGGACUGGACACACCUGGACUAAACUCACCUGUACUAGACACACUGUCACACAGACACACACCUGGACUAGACACACACCUGGACUAGACACACACCUGGACUAGACACACACCUGGACUAGACACACUGUCACACAGACACACACCUGGACUAGACACACACCUGGACUAGACACACUUGGACCAGACACACACCUGGACUAGACACACCUGGACUAGACACGCUGUCACACAGAGACACACCUGGACUAGACACGCUGUCACACAGAGACACACCUGGACUAGACACGCUGUCACACAGAGACACACCUGGACUAGACACGCUGUCACACAGAGACACACCUGGACUAGACACACUGUCACACAGAGACACACCUGGACUAGACACACACCUGGACUGGACACACUGUAACACAGAGACACACCUGGACUAGACACACUCCUGGACUAGACACACACCUGGACUGGACACACUGUAACACAGAGACACACCUGAACUAGACACACUGUAACACAGAGACACACCUGGACUAGACACACCUGGACUAGACACACUAACACAGAGGCACACCUGGACUAGACACACCUGGACUAGACACACUGUAACACAGAGACACACCUGGACUAGACACACCUGGACUAGACACACUGUAACACAGAGACACACCUGGACUAGACACACCUGGACUAGACACACUGUAACACAGAGACACACCUGGACUAGACACACCUGGACUAGACACACUGUAACACAGAGACACACCUGGACUAGACACACCUGGACUAGACACACUGUAACACAGAGACACACCUGGACUAGACACACUGUAACACAGAGACACACCUGGACUAGACACACCUGGACUAGACCCACUGUAACACAGAGACGUACAUGUGACCGUUGAAAUGUUUUAUUUGCAUGCGUUGUGUAGCAACACACAUUUUUAGUUGUAACAUAUGGUUGUGUUUAUUACUGUGAAAGUCCAACGGGCUCCACUGUCUUGCUCCCGGCAGACAUGAGGCUUGUUGAAUGCCCCAUGUUCAUUCAUCUUGUUGUGGGGGGGUUCAGUAACAUUCCGUCUAAUGGAAUACUGCUGCUAUAGUUUGAGUUAAGAGACGAGAGGGAAGCAGGCUGAUGUUUUAAACGGUUGGCGAUACCGUGGUUCUUCUGGUUGUGGACAAGAGGAGACCUUUAAUUAAAGUGUGGGAGACUAGUAUGACGAGGGAGUGUUUUUUUCUUCCUACCUGCUCUCUGUCCAGCUCUCCGAGGAUAACUUGAGGAGUUAAACCGUGUUUUGAAAGGGGUGUGUUGAUGAGGGUUCAUUUCAAAUGGCUCACUAUUCCCUAUCUAGUGCACUAUGUAGGGAAUAGGGUUCCCCCCCAUAGGGCUCUGGUCAAAAGUAGUGCACUAUGUAGGGAAUAGGGUUCCACCCCAUAGGGCCCUGGUCAAAAGUAGUGCACUAUGUAGGGAAUAGGGUUCCACCCCAUAGGGCCCUGGUCAAAAGUAGUGCACUAUGUAGGGAAUAGGGGGCCAUUUUAGCUGCAGACCCUUUUAUGUUAAUGCAAGACUGGGUCAGUUUUAGCAGAUAAUCUGAGAACUAGAUAAACCCUCCCCUCCCCAACAGCAUCUAGUUAGUUCUCACCUUUCACUGCCUAAACCUCGUGUUGUCUGUGUGUUUCUACUGAAUGUUUGUUCACAUCUUUUUUUUCUUUGUAAGACUGUAUUUAUUGUAAAAGAUAAAUGGAAAUAUGUUGUGCUGAAGUGAGAUUCAUUAUUUUACCUGUCUGAGUAAAAGGACUUCAACUCCCUUCUCUCCUUCGUGGAUUUACACUCACUCAAAAUGGCCGCCGGUUCACCCAUAACUGUGUACCUGUCUGAGUAAAAGGACUCCAUCUCCCUUCUCUCCUUCGUGGAUUUACACUCACUCAAAAUGGCCGCCGGUUCACCCAUAACUGUGUACCUGUCUGAGUAAAAGGACUCCAACUCCCUUCUCUCCUUCGUGGAAUUACACUCACUCAAAAUGGCCGCCGGUUCACCCACAACUGUGUACCUGUCUGAGUAAAAGGACUUCAACUCCCUUCUCUCCCUCGUGGAAUUACACUCACUCAAAAUGGCCGCCGGUUCACCCACAACUGUGUACCUGUCUGAGUAAAAGGACUUCAACUCCCUUCUCUCCCUCGUGGAAUUACACUCACUCAAAAUGGCCGCCGGUUCAUCCACAACUGUCUCGAAAGGGAAUGUCUGCUUCAGUAAUUGUCUUUCUUUGGGAAUAUGUCUCCCUUCACAGCCUCUCAGAGGCAUUAUAGAUAUAUAUUUCUAGAGCUGCUCAAAAGAAGCACACCAUUUUGGAUGCAUGGAGAGGGCCUGUAAGGUCACACAGUCUGUUUUCCACAAGGCAUCAUCAGUUGGUGUGAAAGGAUGCUCAAUCCUUCGUCUCUGGGUUUGGUUGUUUCCAAGUGUCCUGUUUGUCUGUCGCUGAGGUGAGGCAAUGCAGCCGUCGCCUGUCUGAAACAUUUUGUAGUCAUUGAUUUAAAAUGGGGAAUAAAUUCAUCAACAAUUCAA